AUGAUAGUCACCUCUUCCCGUGACAAGUCCAUCAAUCUGUGGAAUCUCACUAAGGAAGAUAGGACCUAUGGCGUAGCCUGUCGCCAACUUACUGGCCACUCUCACUUCGUCCAGGAAGUUGUCCUUUCCUCCGACGGUAUGUUUGCGUUUUCUGGGACCUUCAGUCUGGUAUCUGUGAUGUUAUACAGCCGGUUGACAAGCGAAGCACGUACAACGCGGGGAGUAUAUGGCAGGAGUGUCGAUUCUGGCUGGGUCUUCAGUGUUGUUAAUCGUAAAGUUUUCCCUUUUACUCCCCAGUACAUCAUCCCUGCAAAGGGAUGA